AUGCAGGGAGGGGAGGCUGGGCAACAACUGUUUUUGGAGAAUGGCUCCUAUCUAAUGAACUACCUGGGCUGUGCCAACUGUCACCAGAAGGACAUUGUGUUGAUCAGCAGCAAGGUCACAGAGGAUGAGGAGGAGAUAGUCACCUAUGAUCAAGAUGUGUGUAAAAACCGUGACCAUGUCAUAGCCAGGCAUGAGUAUACCUUCUCUGUGGUGGACAAUUAUAAGGUGAGGACCUUUACACGAUGGCUGUGUGGAAAGGCGGAGGACUCCAUCAGUGUGCUGCCAGGUGAUCCCAGGAAAACAGCCCUCUUCUAG